AUGAAAUUUAAAUUUUCUGCCAGUGAUGUAGUUGCUCAGAAAAGAACAACCCAAGAAAAUAUAAGUCUUAUUAAAAAAUGGCUACGUGCAGGCGAUGAAAAAUAUGUACCGUCUUUAUUAUCAGAUGAAUUCAUAGUUCUGUUUUUACUGUCUUGCAACAAUGACGUUGAAAUGACUAAGAAAACUGUUAUUGCCUACUAUAGGUUAAGAAAAGAAUCACCUGAACUGUUUGAUGAUAGAACUUCCGAGAGAGAGGAUAUUAAGAAAGCUCUAAACACACUGAGAAUGAUAAGUAUACCAAAUCGGACAGAAGAAAACAAUCAAGUGAUUUAUGUUAGUAUUAAGGAUACGGAUAGCAAAAAUUUCGAACUACAUCCCAUUAUGAAAGCCUCAUUAAUGCUGAUAGAUAUAGAACACCACACUAGCCCACCAGAUGGAGUUAUUUUUCUUGCUGAUAUGAAAGGGUUGGGGUUUUUUCACGUAUUCAAAUUAAAUCCAAUCUCGUUAAAGAAAUAUUUCACAUAUCUUGGAGAAGGAGUACCAACUCAGUUCAAAGGAAUGCAUUUCAUGAACGGAAAUUAUUUCUUGGAUCAAAUGAUGAAUAUUCUUAAGGCGUUUAUUGAUCCAGACGUUAUAAACAGGCUACAUAUACAUUCAGCUGGCUGGAAUCCAGGGGAACUGUUUCCAAAGAAAUGUUUACCUAAAGAGCUUGCAGGGGAUCUAGAAUCAGAAGACGUACUUAGCGAAACGACGUUACAGCUAUUCAAAGAUCGAGAAGAUUUUUGGAAGGCAGAGGAGGAAUUAAGGAAAAGUGUACUUAAAUAA